AUGAGUUAUUACGGUGGCUAUUACGGCGGCUACUACGGAGGCCUGGGCUGCGGCUGCGGGGGCUUCGGGGGCCUGGGCUACGGCUACGGCUGUGGCUGUGGCAGCUUCCGCAGACUGGGCUAUGGCUAUGGCUUUGGAGGCUACGGGUACCGCUCUGGAUGUGGCUUUGGGUUCGGCUGUGGCCGCCCGUCUUGCUAUGGAGGAUACGGCUUCUCUGGCUUCUAUUAA